CGGCGCGGGCGCCAUGGCGGCGGGAGCGCGGCCGCUGGCGCUGCUCACCAGCUGUGCCGCGGGCUUCGCGCCCGAGGAACUCGUCAAACGUAUCACAGGAAAAGAUGACCUUACUGUGGGUGCAAUAACAAGUGGAAGAGUGAAUUUCUACCCCUGGACCAUAGAUAACAAAUAUUAUUCUGCAGAUAUCCACCUCUGUGUGGUCCCAAACACAUUCCACGUGACUGGAGAGAUUGCCGAGGCUGUGCAGGCAUUUGUUGUGUACUUCGACAGCACAACAAAAAUUGGACUGGAGGGGGUCUCUGAAUGGCUUCCCCUGACAGAAGAGUGGCUGCCAGAAGUGAUGAUCCUGGUUUGUGACAGAGUGUCUGAGAACGGUGUAAACAGACAGAAAGCUCAAGAGUGGUGCAUCAAGCAUGGCUUUGAGCUGGUGGAGCUCAGCCCUGAGGAGCUGCCUGAUGAAGAUGAUGAUUUCCCCGAGUCCACCGGAGUGAAGCGCAUUGUGCAGGCCCUCAAUGCCAACGUCUGGUCCAAUGUGGUGAUGAAGGGUGACAGGACCCAGGGCUUUGGUCUCCUCAGCACCUUGGCAGGAGCAAACAGGAGCCGUGGCUGUGAAGAGACCCCCGAGACAGAAUCCAACCCAUCCCCAGAAGACAGGGAAGAAUCCCAGUCCGAUGGUGGAGAGGAUGGAGCUGGCACAAACAGCGUGGAGCCUGACAGUGCUGCAGAUCCCAUGCUGGACAUGGACAUCCAGGAGCUGGCCAGCCUGACCACGAGGGAUGGGGACCUGGAGAACUUCGAAAGGCUCUUCUCAAAGCUGAAAGAAAUGAAAGACAAAGCUGCCACGCUGCCUCACCAACAGAGGAAGCUGCACGCAGAGAAGGUGGCCAAAGCCUUCUGGAUGGCGAUUGGAGGAGACAGGGAUGAGAUCGAAGGUCUCUCCUCGGAUGAAGAAAACUGAAUUCCUCUGUAGCUGGAAGUGCCAGAGCAAUCCUAAAGGAAUGAUCCUUCCCUGAAUUAGUGUUCAUUGCCAAAAAUCCCCUUUAGCUGUAGCUGCUCCCCUUGGUGACAGCAUUCCCCGUAUUCCACAUUCCAUCUCCUGGCUCCAGAGGCUUUGUGUGACUGGCCUUUCUCCUCUCUCAGAGGACUUUGGAAGGUGACACGUGUGUGGUUCAAGGAAAUAGGGAUGAGUUUACAUUUUUCAAAUGAACAUUUUUAUGAUUUCCUCUCUGGGGUUUAAAUAAACAAAUGUGCUCCCAGUUAUCUCUGCACACAGGGCUGGGGCUUGGGAAGUGACUCCUGAAUUCCAAACUCCAUUUUUCAGCUGUGGGGCUCUUGGGUGGUUUCAUGGAGCUUUUCCCAGUUCUGGGAACCGGAUCUGGAUGAGCCAUGAGGAGGAAGUUGCUGUGCCAGGGCUGGGAGCUCUGUCCUGCCAAGUGCCAAAGCCAUUACAAGUGGCCCCAGGCUCGGAUUCUGCUUGGCAUUUGCCUGUGGAAGGAUGGGGGCCUUCCCUGGAAUGUCAGGUGUUGUCCUCACUCCCUGGAUUCCCAUUAGGAACUAAACUAGGGAUGAAAUGCCGGAUCUCUGCUCCAGGGGUGGAAUUCCCUGCCCAAACCUCCUGCGAGGCCGGGCAGAAAGCGCAGAGCUGCCCAGGGAGCUCUGUGCUCAGCAUCCCCAACCCUCCUGCCCUGGGUGUGCUCAGUGCCUGCACUCCUGCGUGUCCAGCAGGAAUUCCCUUUUCCUGGGAUCACUUCCACAGCAGCACAGACCCUCCGGAGUCACGGACACGGCAGGAAGGUGGAGCCUGGGGAGGAGUGAGGAGGAAGGGGAGAUGCCACCCUGGCUCCUCUGCUGCAGACACAAGCAGUGCAUCAGUGGGAAGAGGAUCCAGCAGAUUCCCAGAUGGAAGAGUCUGGCCCCAAGAAUUUUUCCUUAUCAAUCUGAAAAUCCACCCUGUUAAGCACCCUCAGUCAGGAAUUUCAAAAUGAACUUUUUCAAUGUCCCCUGAAUUCCCAAUUCCCAGGACACGGGUUUGCCAUGGAUUUUUGAUGGGUUUACAUUCUGCAGGCACUUCCACAGUGAAUUCCCUUUUAAUGAUGAAGCAAAGGUUUCUCGGAAUGCUGGGAAUCCUUUCCUGGGUGAAAACUGCAGCAUUUAAAGACAAGAACUGAAGCCUCCCUGGCAGUUUGGGAAGUGUUUCUCAGCUGAAGCAGGAGCAGGAAACACCUGGUUUGGGAAGAAUUCUGGAAUACAGGGCCAGCCAAGGAAAGCUGCCAGAGACACCUCCCCAAGGGGGGAACUCUGCCUUCUCCCAUUCUCCACAUUUUUUCCCGGCACACUGAAUGUAACACAGACCUGAAGGUGGCUCAUUCCAAGCAGGGAAUGGUUUCCACGUUGGAUUUUGGGAGAUUAAGAUUCUUUCUGCCCUUUUUAAAUCCUUGUUGUGCAAUGGUGAUAAAUGGCCAGAGUGCCAAGGGAAUAGCGUGGAGGCAGGGGAAGAAAACAAGGGACUUGGACACUUUAUAAACCCGUUCCUCAGACACGUGAUAGAGAUGUGUUUUUAAAUUUAAUGAGAUCAUAUCAAUUAAAACCCAGUGCUUUGCUGCCUUUUUAUGAGGAGCAGCAGCUCAUUCCCAUACUCAGAACUCUUUCAAACAUGAUUUAUUGUAAAUAUGGGUCUUGUUUGUAGGGGCACAAAUCAUGGAUGCAGGAAGUGUGGCUGGAGACACUGGGAAAUAAUUUAGUAAUCCUUUGAGGUUGUUGUGCUGUGGUUUAAAAUCAAGAUUUACUUUGCUGGUGAUUAAAUUUUUUUCUGUGGGUUGUUUGGGGUUUUUCUGAAGAGACCCUUUGGUUUUGGCUACGGAAUUUCUUUACAAAAUAAGAAGUUACAGAAAUGAAUAAAAGGGGCAUUAGUGGAAAAGCAAA